CUGGGUUUCUGGGUGCGGGGCUCCGUGCAUCCGCUUUCCCUCUCCGGGAGCACGCGCUGGGGGAGGGGCUCCUGCGGGUUUGGGGCGCCGGCGUGGCGGUGUCUGGGGGGCAGCCCGGGCAGGGGGAGGGAUGCUCUGUGCGCGCGGGCGCCCCCUCCUCCCCGGACUUGGCAAGUCGGGAGGGCGACGGCCCGGCCUGUCCCGAGUGGGCAGGGGUCGCAGCCGCCACGCCACUCGCCACUCGGCUCUGGGGUCCGGCUGGAAACCUCUGGGGAGUGCUGGUGGGGACCUGCCUCUCUGCCUUCCAGUUGCCUCCGCUGGGCGAAGUUCCCCCUCCUGGCACAGAGCGUCAGGAGUGCUGGGAGCUUGCAGCAUGUCAUGGUUUAGUGGCCUCUUGGUACCCAAAGUGGAUGAGAGGAAAACGGCCUGGGGUGAACGCAAUGGGCAGAAGCGUCAGCACCGGGGAACUCGGACUCAUGGCUUCUGCACCCCCCGCUAUAUGAGCUGCCUCCAGGACUCGCAGCCACCCAGCCCCACCCCUGCAGCUUCCCCCCGGUGCCCCUGGCAGGAUGAAGCCUUCGUCGGAAAGGGAGGCCCCGGCAAGGGCACGGAGCUGGGACUGCGGGCUGUGGCCCUGGGCUUUGAAGACACAGAGACGACCGUGGCAGCGGCGGCGACGGCGGCGGCGGCAGCCGGGCCACCCGAGGCAGUGCCCUGUGUGGCUCCCCGGAGUGGGGGGUCCUGCUGGCGCAGGCUGGUUCAGGUGUUCCAGUCCAAGCAGUUCCGCUCGGCCAAGCUGGAGCGCCUGUACCAACGCUACUUUUUCCAGAUGAACCAGAGCAGCCUGACUCUGCUGAUGGCGGUGCUGGUCCUGCUCAUGGCCGUGCUGCUGGCCUUCCAUGCUGCGCCCGCCCGGCCCCAGCCCGCCUACGUGGCCCUGCUGGCCUGCGCCGCCGUCCUGUUCGUGGCGCUCAUGGUGGUGUGUAACCGGCACAGCUUCCGCCAGGACUCCAUGUGGGUGGUGAGCUACGUGGUGCUGGGCAUCCUGGCCGCCGUGCAGGUCGGGGGCGCUCUGGCAGCCAACCCCCACAGCCCCUCUGCAGGCCUGUGGUGCCCCGUGUUCUUUGUCUACAUCACCUACACGCUCCUCCCCAUCCGCAUGCGGGCAGCUGUCUUCAGUGGCUUGGGCCUCUCCACGCUGCACUUGAUCUUGGCCUGGCAGCUCAGCCGCAGUGAUGCCUUCCUCUGGAAGCAGCUUGGUGCCAACAUGCUGCUGUUCCUUUGCACCAACGUCAUUGGCAUCUGCACUCACUACCCAGCUGAGGUGUCACAGCGCCAGGCCUUUCAGGAGACCCGAGGUUACAUCCAGGCCAGGCUGCACCUGCAGCACGAGAACCGGCAGCAGGAGCGGCUGCUGCUGUCCGUGUUGCCCCAGCAUGUUGCCAUGGAGAUGAAAGAGGACAUCAACACAAAAAAAGAGGACAUGAUGUUCCAUAAGAUCUACAUCCAGAAGCAUGACAACGUCAGCAUCCUGUUUGCAGACAUCGAAGGCUUCACCAGCCUAGCGUCCCAGUGCACCGCACAGGAGCUGGUCAUGACCCUGAAUGAGCUCUUCGCCCGCUUUGACAAGCUGGCUGCGGAAAAUCACUGCCUGAGGAUCAAGAUUCUGGGGGACUGUUACUACUGUGUGUCGGGGCUGCCCGAGGCCCGGGCGGACCACGCCCACUGCUGUGUGGAGAUGGGGGUGGACAUGAUUGAAGCCAUCUCGCUGGUGCGCGAGGUGACGGGCGUGAACGUGAACAUGCGCGUGGGCAUCCACAGCGGCCGUGUGCACUGCGGCGUCCUGGGCCUUCGCAAGUGGCAGUUUGACGUAUGGUCUAAUGAUGUAACUCUGGCCAACCACAUGGAGGCUGGGGGCCGGGCCGGCCGCAUCCACAUCACCCGGGCCACGCUGCAGUACCUGAAUGGGGACUACGAGGUGGAGCCGGGCCGAGGGGGUGAGCGGAAUGCCUACCUCAAGGAGCAGCACAUUGAGACCUUCCUCAUCCUGGGAGCCAGCCAGAAACGGAAAGACGAGAAGGCCAUGUUGGCCAAGCUGCAGCGGACACGGGCCAACUCCAUGGAAGGGCUGAUGCCGCGCUGGGUGCCCGACCGAGCCUUCUCCCGGACCAAGGACUCCAAGGCAUUCCGCCAGAUGGGCAUUGAUGAUUCCAGCAAAGACAACCGGGGUGCCCAAGAUGCCCUGAACCCCGAGGACGAGGUCGAUGAGUUCCUGGGCCGCGCCAUUGAUGCCCGCAGCAUCGACCAGCUGCGCAAGGACCACGUGCGCCGGUUCCUGCUCACCUUCCAGAGGGAGGAUCUUGAGAAGAAGUACUCACGGAAGGUGGACCCCCGUUUCGGAGCCUACGUGGCCUGUGCGCUGUUGGUCUUCUGCUUCAUCUGCUUCAUCCAGCUUCUCAUCUUCCCACACUCCCCCUUGCUGCUUGGGAUCUACGUCAGCAUCUUCCUGCUGCUGCUAGUCACCGUGCUGACCUGUGCCGUGUACUCCUGCGGUUCUCUGUUCCCCAGGACCCUGCAGCACCUGUCUCGCAGCAUCGUCCGCUCCCGGGGCCACAGCACCGCCGUUGGCAUCUUCUCAGUCCUGCUUGUGUUUGCCUCCGCCGUUGUCAGCAUGUUCGCCUGUGACCACACCCCCUUACGCACCUGUGCAGCCCAGAUGCUGAACUUAACCCCUGCCGACAUCACCGCCUGCCACCUGCAGCAGCUCAACUGCUCCUUGGGACUGGAUGCCCCCCUGUGUGAGGGCACCGCACCCACCUGCAGCUUCCCCGAGUACUUCGUCGGGAACAUGCUGCUGAGUCUCUUGGCCAGUUCUGUCUUCCUGCACAUCAGCAGCAUCGGGAAGCUGGCCAUGGUCUUCGUGCUGGGGCUCGUCUACUUGGUGGUGUUGCUGCUGGGCCCUCCAGCCGCCGUCUUUGACAACUAUGACCUGCUGCUCGGUGUCCAUGGCUUGGCUUCUUCCAAUGAGACCAUCACUGGGCCGGACUGCCCAGCUGCAGGGAGGGUGGCGCUCAAAUACAUGACCCCCGUGAUUCUGCUGGUGUUUGCCUUGGCGCUGUAUCUGCACGCCCAGCAGGUGGAAUCAACUGCCCGCCUGGACUUCCUCUGGAAACUGCAGGCAACAGGGGAGAAGGAGGAGAUGGAGGAGCUCCAGGCCUACAACCGACGGCUGCUGCACAACAUCCUGCCCAAGGACGUGGCCGCCCACUUCCUGGCCCGCGAGCGCCGCAACGACGAGCUCUACUACCAGUCGUGCGAGUGCGUGGCCGUCAUGUUCGCCUCCAUCGCCAACUUCUCCGAGUUCUACGUGGAGCUGGAGGCCAACAACGAGGGUGUGGAGUGCCUGCGGCUGCUCAACGAGAUCAUCGCCGACUUUGACGAGAUUAUCAGCGAGGAGCGCUUCCGGCAGCUGGAGAAGAUCAAGACCAUUGGCAGCACCUACAUGGCCGCCUCUGGGUUGAACGCCAGCACUUACGACCAGGUGGGCCGCUCCCACAUCACGGCCCUCGCCGACUACGCCAUGCGGCUCAUGGAGCAGAUGAAGUACAUCAACGAGCACUCCUUCAACAACUUCCAGAUGAAGAUCGGGCUGAACAUGGGCCCCGUCGUGGCAGGUGUCAUUGGGGCGCGGAAGCCGCAGUAUGACAUCUGGGGGAACACGGUGAAUGUCUCGAGCCGUAUGGACAGCACAGGGGUUCCCGACCGAAUCCAGGUGACCACGGACCUGUACCAGGUUCUAGCUGCCAAGGGCUACCAGCUGGAGUGUCGAGGGGUGGUCAAGGUGAAGGGCAAGGGGGAGAUGACCACCUACUUCCUCAAUGGCGGCCCGAGCAGUUAGCAGGGCCCCGCUGUCACUUCAGCUGAAGGGACCAAGGUGGGCGCCGCGUGGACCCUGUGCUCACAGAGCGGAGCUGUGACGGGCACUGAGCCUCCACACUCUGCCGGCCACGAGAGGGAACACCUAGCAGGCUGUGCUCGGACCAUGCAUCCUGCUGCCAGGCUGUCGGACCAGAGGAUACCAAGAGGAUUGUCAGUGACUCUGAUGUUUAAGUGGGGUGGGGCUUCUCCCUCUCAUUCUUCCUGCUCCUGGGAGCAGGGGAGGGGGCAGUCUCCUGCCAGAAAUUUGGGGGGAAAACACACCACACACACACACAACAGAAACCGGCAGCUUGCCUUGCCUCCCCUGGCCCCGCCUGUCUGGGCAGCAGACUCAGGGCUGGGCCCUUCUUUUCCCUCUUUCCUGGGGAUGUUUUGUACGAAGACUGGGGCAGACAUGAGCGGUGCCUAUUUCCAUGCUUGCCUUUGCUAUGCCUGCGUACCCAGCAGCGGGACAGGGGCCACUCUCACCCGCAGCCUGGUCUCCCUCCUGGGCCCAGGGCAGAGGAGGGGCAGCUCUGGGGACCCCAUUCUGUCCAUAUUUCAGGGGGAAUGUUUCCAUUUGCCAAAUCCUGCUCCUAUGAUCUGUCCCCAAAGGGGAACAAAGGGACUUCUGAGGAUCCUGUGUUAGCCCCAGUUCCCGCACAGCUCUGGGGAAAGCAGUGUUCAGCCUCACUGGUACUGUGAAAAUGUCUCCCCCCCCAGAAAGCAAGCUCGUUGGGGGGGGGGGCACAUCAGAGGGUCAGGAGUUUGCCUGUGGGUGCCAGAGAGCAGACAGGCUAGGGAGUGGGUGGCGGCAGCCUCUCCACAGUUCCCCGCACACUCUUGCGGCCAGGGCCACGGAGCAUCCCGCACCCACCUGUUGCCAAACAGAAAAGGCUCAGGGUCAGGGUGUGGAGGAAGACAGCCCUGCUCCCAGACCUGGCCUCUGGCCCCAGGGAGGGCCGGUGUCAGCACGUGCAUGUCAGUCUCUGCGGCCGUUUUCCAGGUCUGAGUGUAUCCUCAGCUCUCCACUCUGGCUCUCCUGUGGGCCUCUGUCUUCUGGGACUAGGACGGGCUUUCCCAUUCCCAGGGGUGGGGAGGUGCCCAGGUCGCACAGGAGUGGGAUGGAGUGGCAGCAAGAGGGCAGCUGUCCUGGGAAAGGUCCUUUUGUGCCAAAUCCUUAAGUGCCAUUUGGGGGCCACACGUGCAGCAUGGCUGCCUUCCUGCCUGGAGCAGGGACCUAAGCGCUUGUCUGAGCCCCAGAGCUGCACACACUUGAACUUUCUGGGUCUGGCGGGCGGAGGCUGUGGGACUUCUGGCGCCCCAGCUCGUGUGUGGAACACGGUAUGUAUGUGUUGGGGCUGGGGUGGCACGGGGUUCCUCUGAGGACGCAGAGGCUUGGUACUAGGGGUGGGCUGGGGAACCGGAAACUUGGCCUCCCCCAGCCUUUUGCUUGAAUCUAGUCCCUUCCUGGCUCUCCAGUCCCUGUGCAGCCGGCAAGGGCUGGCAGGAGGGGUAGGAGGUUAAACUCAAGAUUGCCUUUCUGGCCUUGCCUCCUUCCACACCUUUUUCCUGCAACCUCCUUUCGUCAGCCUGAAUUCGCUGGUGCCUUGGUUUCUCUCUGUACCUAUUUAAGCCAGAGGUAUUAGCCUGAAGUUUGCUUGAAGGUCACUUUGGAGGUGGGCAGAGAAGCAGAGGGGAGAGGGUCCCAGUGUUUCUGGGCUUGGAGAGCAGGAGGGGCGGGUGGCAGUCUUGCCUAGCCUCAAGCCCAGACCGGCCCCCCUGCAAAGGCCUGGCUUCUGACGCACCCUGCCUGCCCUUGGGGGCUCUUCAUGCAUCAACCAAAUGGGCAUCAGACACUUUAUUAGCCAAGGCAGGGGGAGAGGGAAGUCUAGUCAGUCCCCAGCCAUGGGACCCGGGUGGGAAGGGGUCACUUGUAGCACUGGAGUAGAUGCAAGCAGACUAGAACAGGAAGCCCUCAGCCUCUGCUCUUGCCAGGUGGGAGGGACCCGUGUCCGCCCUGCUCCCUAUACCACAGUGCCAGCCAUGCCCUUCCCUGGGCUACCAUCACCCUCUUCCUCACCAUUUUGUGGGGGAGUUGGUGGGAGGCCCACGGACUUUGGUUUUAUAAUGUAACCACUGUGGGGGGGAGGAGGAAGGGCAGUGAAAGUUCAUGUAUUUCAGUGAAAUAUUUAAUAUAUUUAAAUAUCAAUAAAAUCAAACUCUUUGUAAAAUUC